AUGGAGGUUCAUUUACUACUAUCAUCAACGAUUAUGGCUGUGAGCAUUCCGGCUACCGUGUCGCCAUCCACGGAACAGUUACUUCCACAGUUACGUGAGGUCCUUUACGCUCCCCUCAACGAGAGUCCGAUAGCUGUCACCGUCAUUCGCUUUAUCCGUACUUUCUCGCAAUUUUACCGCGGUACUGUAGCAGUGAAAAUCAUCAACAAGAAAGCGCUGCCGCCUGCAAUUGCGGACAAAUUCCUACCGCGGGAGCUAGACAUCACGAUCAAGGCAUGUUUACAGUGUUCUACUGAUUUAUCACCAUUCUGUAGAUCUAAUGCAACACUUUCAGAAGUUCCACAAGGAGUGCGCAUGUUUCGUCAACUCAUGGAAGCUGUCCAUUACCUGCACGAACGAAAUAUCGUCCACCGAGACAUCAAACUCGAGAACAUUCUCAUUGACGCCAACGGUGACGCUAAACUGGCCGAUUUUGGAUUUGCCCGAUUUAUUGCUCGACGAGAACGGUAA